UAAAAUAACGGUGCGUACGUUAUUUGUUUUGUGAAAUUCGGCACAUGGACUUUAUAAGUUCACGGUCUAGAAAUUGACACCAUAACAAACCAAACAAAACAAAUAUCUGACAAAAGUCUUGCAAGAUGGAUCGCAAAGUUUUCGUUGUUGGUGUGGGGAUGACCAAGUUUGAGAAACCAGGAUCGAGGGAAGACUUUGAUUACCCAGAUAUGGCAAAGGAAGCAGGAAUGAAGGCUCUUGAAGAUGCAGGAUUGUCCUAUGACGCUGUCGAACAAGCUUGUGUUGGAUAUGUCUAUGGUGAUUCCACUUGUGGACAGCGAGCCGUAUAUCAGCUGGGCAUGACAGGAAUCCCGGUGUAUAAUGUAAACAACAACUGUUCAACAGGAUCUACAGCCCUGUUCAUGGCAAAGCAGCUAGUCCAAGGAGGUAUGGCAGAUUGUGUUCUGGCACUAGGUUUUGAGAAGAUGGAAAGGGGGUCAUUGAAGGCACAUUAUAAUGACAGAACGAAUCCUAUGGACAAACAUAUGGAGGUGAUGAUAGAAAGUCGGGGCUAUGAGAAAGGACCUGCAGCUGCUCAGAUGUUUGGAAAUGCAGGCCGCGAGCACAUGGAAAAAUAUGGAACAAAACCAGAGCACUUUGCCAAGAUUGCUUGGAAGAACCAUAAACACUCUACCAACAACCCGUACUCCCAAUUCCAGCAGUACUAUACCCUAGAGGAGAUCCAGGGCUCCCCUCAGAUCCACACUCCUCUCACCAAACUGCAGUGCUGUCCCACUUCUGAUGGCUCGGCAGCAGCCAUUCUCUGCAGUGAAGACUUUGUAAGGAAACACAACCUCGAAGCACAGGCCGUGGAAAUCCUGGCCAUGCAAAUGGCCACCGACCUGCCAUCAUCGUUCAAGGAGAAGAGCUGCAUAAAGAUGGUUGGAUACGACAUGUCAAAGAAGGCAGCCGAGCAAGUUUACAGAAAGGCAGGUAUCAGUCCAGACCAGGUGCAGGUGGUGGAGCUCCAUGACUGUUUCUCCUGCAAUGAGCUGAUCACCUAUGAGGCCCUUGGUCUAUGUCCUGAAGGCAAGGCAGGUGAAAUGGUGGACAAGGGAGACAAUACCUACGGGGGUCGCUAUGUCAUCAACCCCAGUGGUGGGCUCAUAUCCAAGGGACAUCCUCUGGGAGCCACUGGCCUUGCCCAAUGCGCUGAGCUAUGUUGGCAGUUACGAGGUAUGGCGGGCAAGCGUCAGGUGUCAGGUGCCCGGAUUGCACUCCAACAUAACAUUGGGCUCGGGGGAGCGGCGGUGGUUGGUCUCUAUAGGCUGGGCUUCCCUCAGAAGCAUAGUGCUCAACUACAAGCAGUCCCAGCUUCAAGUGUUGCUGCUGAAGAUUUUAAAAGUAAUGCUGUUUUUGGACAGAUCAAGCAAGCCUUAGAAAAGGAAGGGGCCACCAUUGUGAAGAAGAUGAAUGGAGUGUUUUGUUUCCGUGUGAAGAAAGCUGACAAUUCAGAAGGUAUUUGGGUCGUCGACGCGAAGAAUGGCACUGGAUCAGUAAAGUUUGGGGGACCAGCCAAUGGAGAUGUGACGAUACUCAUGUCAGAUGAGGACAUGUUUAGCCUCAUGACAGGAAAACUCAACCCCCAGUCUGCAUUUUUCCAAGGCAAGUUGAAAAUCCAAGGCAAUAUGGGUCUGGCCAUGAAAUUGAAGGAAAUUCAACCUAAAGGACAGUCCAAGUUGUGAAGAUGUGAACAUUAUGCAAAUGACUGUGCUUCUAACAAAUCUGCAAGGAACAGUAGUUACAAAUCAAAUUAUAUCAAUCUAUUACCAGGAACUCUUUGAUGAAUUUACCAAUUGCUGUGUUUUGAUUGAAAGCAGCUUCCGUCAUAUUGCAAUUAUUUAUUUAUGGCAGUUAAUAUUCUAAUUAUGCAAUCAAAUCUGUUUGUGAUUAAUUUUGAUAGCUGUUUGAAUAUUGUUGUUGAAUUACAGUAGUUCAUAGGGCUAAUGAUUAUGAAUUUAUUAUAAAAAAGGUGUUUUGUUGAAACUUUUAAUUCAGUAUUAUUAUGAAUUAAUCAAGUUUAGUGAUUUUAAUGAAAAGAUAUUUUUAAAUACACAAUCGUUUCAUUAUCAUGCCAUUUUGGACAAAGGCUUUUGGUUUAAGUUUGAUAAACCUUCCUUAAUAUAAACUUACUUUUUACACCAGGUGUUCUCUUUAUAGCCCUAAAUAAAUGUACAUGAACAACUGUUAUUUUCAGUUUUCCACUGUUAAAAAACAUAUGUUUACAACUUGUAUUCUCUGUUCUUCAUUCUUAAUAAAGUGACUUUGACAACUUUUCCUACAAGUUGAAGAGGGAAAAAUGGAAUCACCAUAGAUGUCUGUCCGUUUUUCUGUUGGUCCAUCUGUCAGUCUGUCUAUUUGUCCGUAGACUCGAACUUGUAUCUAGGCAUUCUCCAAUCAACAUACAGCAUUCUAGCUUACAUGCACUGUUCCCUCUGAUAUGAAGUUGUGCAUGUCAUUGUGCGUUUCUUAUCAUCCCAAGUUAAAAAUAAUAUCUGUAAUGCUCCUUUUUCAACUCACACAUUCUAAAACAUCAUGCUACAUUUUACAACACGCAGCAAGGUAUUCUUCAAGACUGGUGUGAAAAACUAUAGUUAUGCCAGGCAUUCUCUGUUCUCCAACCCUCAUUAAAUGUAUAAUAAACCUUUUGUUGUUGUUUUCUUCACUUCUUAUAAGCUUACUUUUAUUACUCCACUGUUUGUAAGUUUUAUGAUUUUAUUUUGUAUUUUUCAUUGUUUGAUCAUUUAAAACCUGUUUUUGACUGUAGAAACCAAUGUUGUUAAAAUGCCUCUUUGAAUUAUGCAAGUAUUUGGAAAUAACUACCUUUUUAUGUUUAUAAUGUUUAUGUGAAUUCAAUUAUGUAUAUUAUGUGUAUGUGAUAAUAAAGUAGUAUAUUUAAAUUAUGAAGGAAAAUACAAUAAUUGAAAGAAUUUA